ACCAAAACAGUGGAUGAAGAGAAAAAUGCAGACAAACAAGAAUUUAACUUUGAAAAAGCUCGUCUGGAAGUGCACAAGUUUGGAAUAACUGGCUACAAGAAGCAGGAGCAACGCAUAUGGGAACAGGAGCGUGCUAUCAUGCUGGGAGCCAAGCCCCCCAAAAAGGAACAUGUGAACUACAGGACUUACCAAGAGAAAAUGAAAGAGAAAAAAACAGCAAAGGAUGAUGAUAAGGGAAAGGAACAUAAAGGUGAUUCUCUUAAGAAGAAGAAGAAAGAACAGAAGGAGAGGAAGGCCAAAAGGAAGAAAUCAGUGCCUAGCAUUUGGCCUGCAGGACAAGUUGGAAAAUUCAGAAAUGGGACCUUGAUUCUGCAAAGCCAUGAUAUAAAGAAGAUUAAAUCAUCUAAAGUUAUCAAAUGA